CACACCCCAGGCUCACACUUGGCUAGACAGCCUGGCUCCUCCCUGCUGCACCGUCCCAGGAAGCCUUGGUCACCCUGGGCCCCUCACCUGCAUUGUCAAACCUCACACAGGACCUGCAGUUGCCAACUCAAGAGAUGCACUAGACAGGAGCACCCAGACUGAUGUCCCCCUUCCCAUUCGCUGUACCCUGCAGGUUUCAGGGAGUAGAAGACACCCACUUUCCCUCUGCACCAUCCCCCUCCACUCCAAGGCUUGUGCCCCAGGCUCAGGCUGGUCAGGUACUCCUGCCAUUCACCACAGCAGGGGACCAGUACACUCCUGAGGUGGGGUCCCCUCACCUAGUCCAAGUGGAGCUGGACUGGGUAUGAGCAGGCCACAGCAGCUUGCACACUGCGGUCCUUGCUGAGGGUGCAGGUGGGCAUGGCCCUGCUGCUCAAGCCUCUCAGGGUUCCACUGGCCUCACCCUCACAGAGGAGAAAGAGCCAUGGGCCUGGCGCUCUGGGACAGGUGGCUGGCAGUGCUGGGCGUUGGCUUCAUGCCUGCCCCCCCCAACCAGCCGUGGGACAGGAACGACAGGUACCAGGCUGGACAGUCAGUGUUUGCGCAGGCACACAGGGACGAGUGUCCUGGAUGCCUGGGCUCCGAGGACACACAGGCAGCAAGGAGCCCACCUUGGGUCUCAGCGCUGCCCCUAUGCGGGGCCUCUCCUUUUCCUCUUGGCCUCCAACAAAACUGCUCCUGCUGCUGCUACUGUCGCUAAGGCCAGCCUGGGCCCCAGUGCCCACUGGAAUCGCGCCCUCGAAGCCCCCUGGCGCCCUGAAAUGCCCCGAGGCAUGCACCUGCUCGGUGGGUGGCCAGGCCAACUGCUCUGCCCUGGGGCUGCUUUCUGUGCCCGCGGGCCUGAGCCGGCCCGUGCAUACGCUGCUGCUUGACCACAAUCGCUUGUACACGCUGCCGCCAGUGGCCUUCGAGGGCGCGAGCGCCCUGUACCUCCUGGACCUCCGCAAGAACGGGCUGCGCUCGGUGGACGCCCGGGCCUUCUGGGGCCUGGGUGCCCUGCAGCUCCUCGACCUGAGCGCCAACCAGCUGGAGACGCUGGCGCCCGGCACCUUUGCACCGCUGCGCGCGCUGCGCUCCCUAUCGCUGGCCGGAAACCGCCUGGCGCUGCUGGAACCAGCGGCUCUGGGCGCGCUCCCGGGGCUGCGCGCGCUCAGCCUGCAGGAUAACGCGCUGUCGGCGCUCGAGCCCGGCCUGUUCGCCCACCUGCCCGCCCUCGAUGCGCUGGGCCUGCGCGGCAACCCGUGGGUCUGCGGCUGCGCCCUGCGCCCGCUCUGCGUCUGGCUGCGGUUGCACCCGCGUGCACCAGAGGCCGAGACCCUGCUCUGCAUGUCACCCGGGCGCCUGACGCUCACCCCGCUGACCGCCUUCCCCGACGACGCCUUCCGACACUGCGCAAAGCACCUCGCCGCGCGGGACCUGGCGGUGAUCUACGCCCUCGGGCCGCUCUCCUUCCUCGCCAGCCUGGCCACCUGCCUAGCGUUGGGCUCCGCGAUCACCGCCUGCCGCGCGCGCCGCCGUCGCCGCCACCACCCGGCGGCCCGCCGCCCGCCGAGACCUCCGGACCUCGCCGGACCCGCCGCUGUCUCAGAGCCGGAGAGCGAGGCCGCCCCACCAGCACAAGCCUGAGCGUGCCCCGACCACCCCCACCCCGGCCCCGCCCUCCCUUUACGCUCUGCUGGCAAAACAAGGACACGGACUGAAAA